AGCCAGGAGCAGCAGCGCCAGCAGCGCCAACAGCAGCAGACAGAAGAAGAAAAUCUACUCGUCCGAUUUCUCGAUGCGUGUACGCUAAUUUGCACAACCAUUCCGGGCAGCGGUUAAAUUACACAUCUUUGUAACUGUUUUUCCUGUGUGAAAAGAAGCUUUGCCUGUUGCAAUAAGCCGCGACAAUCGGUCUGUUUUGUGUUGGUUCGGAAUCGUUGGCAGAGGUGAACAGGUACGUCCGGCUACACUUUUUUUCUUUUUCGGUGCAACGUGCGUGCUUCUAGGUGUAUGUGUGUACGUGUGUAUGUGCUGCUGACAAAUGUGUGCGUGUUUCUUUUAGUGCGCUAAAAGGGAAUACGCUUUGCGAAAAAAAAUCCCCGAAGCAAUCCAAGAAAGUGUGGCAAUCCGGUGCUUACUGUGUUCAAUCAAUUUCAACGCGUUCCCGUGUGCACCAUUUUGUGGUUAGUUGCGUUCUGCGGACGUUGGUGAUAAGUAUUAUUCGCCUGUGUGUCCGCCAGCAGCAGCUGCAGAUUUGCACCUCUUCAUCAGGCGGACCAGAAGUCUGCCGAGUGUGUGCGCGUGUGUGUGUGUGUGUGUGUGGCCUAUUGCGUUUUGUGUUCCCUUCGGCCUCCCCCUUUCGGCCAUACGAGUCAGCCCUCUCUGUUCCUUUAACCGUGUUGCGAAUGACGGGCAAAACGGAACAACCGGCCCUGGCAGUAGAAGGACCAUCGUUUCGUGGCGGUUUUAAUCGAAUGUAGCGUGCGCAGAUAACAGGAAGAAGAAGCAGCAGCGACGAAGACAAGAAGACAACCAUCGCGCGCCACUCGCACCGCGCACCCGUCGUCGCCUUUUGGGCUUCUGUUCCCUGCAGCAGAGCAGGAGCAGCCACGGCGGCUAGAACGACAAAGUCACGGCGGCGUUCAGCGAGCGCAGGAAGUGAAGAGUGAAAGUGUGUGUGUGUGUGUGUGCGUUUCGUGCGGUACUGCUGGGUGUGGGUCGGGCAGCAGGCAGGUGAUAAACGGUGAAUAUAAUGUCGGAUGUAAAACGCGCCAUCGGCGAUGUAGUGAAAAAGGGCGGCGGUGGUGGUGGUGGUAGCCCGUUCAGUGCAUUAUCGGCGUCAGAGUGUUCGACGGCGGCGGCCGCCGCUGCGACCCUUCAUCCCUUCGGUAACAUCGACAAAGAUGGCCGAGGGGAGGGCAGCAAUCGGGCGAACGGUGGCAGUGGCACGGGCACUGGUAAAAAGAUCCCAACAGUCCGCCUGGAGCUGAACCUCUUCGAGCCGACCACCGACAGUUUUCCGGAGUUUAACUUUUCCAAGCUGAUCCACGAAGAGCAGAAACGUCGUAAAAAGACACAGAAGAAGCAAACCGAUCGGACGGGCAAUGGUUUUCUGUCGGAUCCAGAGAUGGAUAUGGAUGUGGAACGGAUGGCGAAAGAGUUGGAACGAAAGUACGGCAUGGGAUCAGACUAUGCGAGCAAGGGUAAAUCUGCCCGCCCAUCCAAGCUGGACUACUAUGAUCGUGGCGCCGGUUACGACGAGGAAGAUUCCUUCAUCGAUAAUUCUGAAGCGUACGACGAGCUCAUACCGCAGGAGGUGGAAACUGUCGGUGGUGGAUUUUACAUCAACUCGGGCCAGCUAGAAUUCAAGCAGCUGUCCAACUUUGAACGUCCGGAAGAUGCGCAGCGUAUGCCGAAACCGAAGAAGCGUGCCCUGUCUACCACAUCCGAAAGCAGCGAUGAUGAGGAAGCUGCUGGAGAGAAAAAGAAGCCGUCACAAAGCACAGCACCCGCUCAGCAAACACAGAAACAGCCGGUGGAAAAGUUUUCGACAGCCGUGGAAAAUCAGCAACAAAAUCGACCACCGUCUAGGGAUAAUGAUAAAGCGAAAGUGGUGCCGGAAUCGGGUGAACCCAUUGCUCCAGAAGAUGAAAAAUCUCGUCUAAAUGGACAUGUCGCUAAGAAGCAAAAGAUUGUGAUGGAUAACGGAGCUACUGCGGCUGCUGGUGAACCGAAAUCCAAAGCGUCUUCUGGUGAGAGUGGCAAGGAAAAGGCGAACGGAGUAAAAGGGAAAUCGACGACUGUUGCCAGUACUGCCACUACUACCACCACUACCAAUGUACAGGGACUUCCGACAGCUGCGAGCGUCGACGGUAGUAGUAAAAAGGAAGAAAACGGUGGAGUGAAAGAACUGAAAACUACCACAGUGAAGGACAUGCUACGGGCCAAGCGGGAUAGCUUGCGGAAGAUGGAGCAGGAGAAGAAAGGGCGUAGCAGUGGCUCGAGCCGCGUGUCCAGCUCGGAAGCGGAAGAGGAUGGCGAUGGUGGUGGCGAUGAGGAUGAGGACGAGGACGAAGAAAACGGCGAAGGAGAUGACGAGGAUGAGGAGGAGGAGGAGGAGGAAGAUGAGUACGAUGAGGAGGAAGGUGGUGGGAGUGAUAAAAACUCGCGCGAAUCGGUUUCCGAGGUGGAAAUUGUGUCGGAAAGCGAGAGUAGCCAUGAGAGUGAAAAAGACGGCGCUACUGGCGCUGCUGCUAGGGGGAAAGUAACGAACGGUACGGUUGAUGGGGCGGCGGUUCCCGCAACGGCCGGCGGGCAGCAACCGCCCAAGGAACGGAAGCCGAAAGACUGCAAACUGCCAGACGAUAUCUCCGACCAGCUGCGUGCGGAUGUGGAAUCGCUGAAAGAGCUUGCCCGCGCCCUGUCCGGCAACGGCAAGCUAAACUUCUUCGAAAGCAAGGUGGCGGACCUGUUGCUGCGGAUCGAUGAAGGUGCCCGCGCCAGCCCCGGUUCCAGCAGCAUCCGAAAUGCGGUAUUCCGUCAUCUCGAGUCGCAGCUUUCGAUAAGCCGGCAGUCGCUGCAGCUGAAGCUGAAAAAGAUUCACAUUCGCAAGCUCGAAAACAAGACCAAAUCGGUGCUUUCGAAGCUGGAGGACAUCAUUUCCUACACGAUGCCUGCCAUCGUUGCGAAGUACGAGCUGGACUGUUUGAAGGUGAAUGAAAUGCGAGCCGCACAAGCCGCCAGCGCACUGCCAAACGGGGAGAAGGCCGAUGGUGGUGGUCCACCACCGAACGCUGCCACCCCGCAGAUUAGGAAUCCAAAGAAGAAAUACACCUGGAACGAUCGGUCCCGCAAUCUGCUCUGGGAGCUGUACGGCAUCCGGCAGCAGGCGUUUGAGCUCGCCCGGUCACGCAACCAAACGGAGGACGAGGUGCUGGCGGACUUUAUGCGCUCCAAGGUGGUGCCACUGUGGCCGAAAGGUUGGAUACGCUACGAGGAUGUACAGAAGGAGCUGGACAGGCGGAAAAAGGCACUGGCAAAAAGUACGGGCAGCAGCAGCAGCGUUGGUGUACCGAACACGGUGGGGAAGAAAGCCAGCACGACGGCGACGGUGUCCCCUAUCGUAUCACCGCCCGGCACGACAAUCGACACGGCGCUGCUGCUUGCGGGAACCGGCAUGAAUGGUAUGAAAGCGCAAGACAUCUACGCACCGGUACGAUCGUCAACACCGUCGGGUGUAAGGUCGACGAAUAGCAGUAAGGGUGGACCAGAUGCGGAGAAGGUUGGUUCCGCCGGCAGCAACCCGACACACCGCCAGUCACCGACGAUGCAGUCGGGCGUUAGUGGCGGCGCCAGCAUAUCGCCCAACUCUUCCUUCAAGCGUACCUCGGACCAUAGCAUUAGCAACAUAAUGAACUCACCGCCACCACCACCAGCAGGAGCAGGAGCGGACAAUCCAUCCGCCGGUGCGUUUCCCAAUCCGGAGGUGAAACAAUCGCCUGCCACACCAGCUGCCUCCGCUGUAUCACCUGCGAACCGUAACCAUCCACCGCUUCCCUCACCCGAUCGGCAGCGGUGGAACAGCCGGGAGGAUGACAGCGACAGUAGCAUCGAGAUAAUCGCCGAAUAUAACGUUCCUAGGACAGCAGCAGCCGGUACGCCACCGCUUCCCUUUCAAUCCCCUAUGACUGGCACGACGCUCCCCGUGCAGGGCACAUCUCCCAAUCUGCCCAUCCUGAACAAGGAAAAGUAUAAAAAUCUGACCGUGGGAAGAAAUAAGGCGGCGCACGGUGGCAGCAGUGCUGGGUCCAGCCCAAUCACUAUGGGUGACAUCGUUUCGCCCGUAAUGGGCGGUGGAAAGUUUGCGAAACAUUCGCCCGGCGGUGGUGUGAUUGGAUUUGCACCCCCUCCUUCCGGUAAUGCGGUGGGAGGGCCGCCCGAGCUGGGUGGUGAGGGUGCUGGGAGCGUCCGGCAGAAGGAUACGCCGCCAUCCUCCAUCGACGUCGACGUGCAUCAAAUAAUGAAGGAUCUCAAGGAAUAUCAGGAAUUUCAGAAGCAGCACAAUGCGGGUGGAAACCGAAAAUCGGACAGCACAACAGCGUUACAAUCGCAACAACAGCACGUGGCAGCAACCGCAGCAGCAGCAGCAGCAGCAGCAACGGCCUCAUCCACCACGGUACCACCAGCAGCAGCAUCGUCGAAUGCUGUUGCCGAUUACUUUAUCGACUGUGAUAUGGAUGACGACGAUAUACUCUUCGCCACCAACUACACCUACACCGGUGGACACAAGAACUGAGACCGAACGCAGCUGUAACGCUGUUGCGCAACCCCUCUAAAACUUCCCCCAAGUUGUUCUGUUUGCGAACGUCCUCUGAUGGCCUUACGGCGAGAUCGUUCCGAUAAGAAAAAAAUGGCAGCAUAAGCUGCUGUUUGGGGCGCUCUCCGGUUAACGUCGCCGCCGCGUCCUCGCGAGGAUCCAAUGGAAAAUGAAUUCCCUGUAUUAUAGUGUCCGCUGGCCACACACACACACAACUUCGCGCGUGAGUUUCCUCCUGUGUGUGCGUGCGCUAUGGAACACAAGCGUUUGUAAUGUUAUAGUGGCGCAGGAGCUGGUUUGUUAGAGAGAUAGUUAGACAGAGCAUAACACACCGUUCGUUAGAACAAAACCGAGAUGUGUGGUGUGGUAGACGUUAGUUAGAAGGUGCCGUACUACUACUAUUAUUACUACACAGCUAAUACACACUAGCAUUACUUGUUGCUCAUGCAAACGACAUAAGCGACGCCAAUGGAAAUGCAAGAAAAGUCAAAAAGCGGGGAGGGGAAAUCGGAAUGAGGGAAACAUGUAGCAGGAUGCGUUAAACGACACACGUUUCCCCCCGGGGCAGGGAAGGUUCUCAAACUGAAGUUUAAUUUUGUAUUUUCCCGCUUAAAAAGAGAUCCACCUGGCUCAAGGUUGUUGCAUUUUGGUUUCGGAUAGGACACACCAACACAAGUUGAUGGAAGGAGGCUUCGGUAACCGGAACACGGAUGGAAAAAAGGGACUCCACAUACAAAGAGCGUAAAGGAGAGGAUCGUAAGAUAAAUGCGUUCAAACUUUCAAAUCUAUCACUACACGAGUGGUUUUGUUUGCUUAUUUGUCUGUAUUAUUUAUCCCCCUUUUUAAAAACAGUAUAAAGUCAAAUUUUCUUAAGGUGAAGCGAACUUGGUUACUAAAAGCCGUUCAUUAAUCCCGUUACAUUUAGAGAGAGCUGGCUUAUUGCUCUUUGUUUUAUUGCUUUCUUUUUUGUUGUCUUUUGAGGCAGAGAUGAUGAUGAUGAUGGAAGGAUGCGGGAAGGGAGAAUCUAAAAUAGUCACAAAUCCAAGCCCCCUGCAGUUGGGUGUUCAUAUAGAUAAGAUGUAAUAAAAAAUGGAAAUUAGAUUUCUACACCGAG